CUCUUCCAUUCUCCUCAUCUCUCUUCAUUCAACACUCGCGCAAUUCACGCUUCAUUUCUUGCUCUUCCCUCCUCCUUCCUCCCUCCUCCUCCCUCGCUCCUCACUGCUCAUUGCUUCACUGCUCACUCUCAACCUUCUAUUCAUUCGCACUUGAUCCUGCAUAUCAUGCGCUUCUCGGCCUCUCUUGCGCUUGUAGCGUCCUUAUCGCUGUUGGGAGUCAACAGCGUGGGAGCAUAUGGCAUUCUCGGGCAUACAUUGACUGGCCAAGUUGCACAGCGCUUCCUGACUCCCGAGACCGCCAGACAGGUCAAAGAGAUCUUGUCCCCAUACUAUGAUGGUCUCCUCUCCAAGGCCGCGCCAUGGGCAGACACAAUCAAAGGCCAGGCCAGGUAUAGAUGGGCAUCUGUGUUUCACUAUGUGAAUACUCCAGGAGACAACCCACCCGAAAUCUGCAAGUUUGAGUACGUUUAUGAGGGCCGGGACCUUGUCAAUGGCCUGUUCAACAUGACAUCGCAGCUUCAGCAAUACAAGGUCAUCGAGCCCAUCACACCAGAAGAGAAGGCGAGCCGCGAGGACGCAUUGCGAUUCUUUGUCCACUUUAUGGGCGAUGUCCAUCAGCCAUUGCAUGCCUCUGGCAAACAGCGUGGAGGAAAUGAUGCACCGACCAAGUGGAGGCGAGCCAAGAGCAACCUUCACAGGAUCUGGGACGGACAGUUAAUUCUGAAGGAUAUCAAGGACAGAUACGACAACGACCCGAAGGCAUAUUUGGACGACCUCAUCGAUAUGACACAGACUGUUUGGCAGCCAGAGGCUGCAAACUGGACGUACUGCGACCCCACAAAAAACACUGAAGACAACCCAUGGUCUGGCAGCACGGACCUGCUCACGUCGCUAUGUCCGAUGGAGUGGGCAAAGGACAUGAACAAGGUCGACUGCUCGUUCAUUUGGAAGGACUAUGACCCUCUUCGGGAUUACUCUACCGAUUACUUUGAGGCUGCUACAGGAGAGAAAAACGGAUUCAUGGUGCAAAGGUUUAUCGCAAUGAGCGGGAUCCGAAUGGCAGCAAUUCUCAACGAGAUCUAUGAUCCCUCCACACCCCUAUCACUUCGCGAGCAGUAUACGAUCGGUAGGAUUCGAAUGCGACAAGGAAGCGAGGAUAUCAAGUGUUCGGGUUCCAAUACACGCUUUGUCAAACAAGGAUAAAGAGAAGCGCGUGGAUUGAUUAUGAGGGUUCAGACGUAUCAGUGUGCUUCUCUUAAUCCUCGGCAAUGCUCAAUUCUUCAAUAAACACCCUUUUUUAUUUUUCGUG